UUGUAUCACAGGACCCCAGUUAAUACCCAAAUGAGACGUAGAUGACUAUCCACAAUUAAUUUCCUGUGGUGUGGUUACAAGAGAGAAAAUUGUUGCCAAACCCCAUCCAGUGUGUCAACAGUGACCUUCAUAGAGCCCUUUCCAGGUUCAGGGAAUCUUCCCAAAGAGUUAACACUCUGAAUCCAGGGCUGACACACCCCAUUGCCUCUUUAACAAUGGCUGGAGCUAAACAAAUGUCUCCUAAUUAACUUUGUGAUUGCUUUGCCCCAAGACACAAAGGAGAGGAAAACAGUGGUGUUUAUAAAAUAAGGACUAAUCCUUGAGGGGGAAAGGGGAGGUGGGUCCAAACAGUCCUCAAACAAUGAUUCAAUCCAAAAUCCAAGAUAGUGGAGUGGGGAGGACCAUUCAAGCUGAUUUGAUUGCUCUCCUUUCAAUACCUGCUAGUCAAACUCCAAACAGUUGGGGGCUACUGGCCAAGAAAAAAACAAAACCAAACAGUGACCUAGGAGAUUAAUAAGAUGCACCCAUACACAGGUGGCCUCUCUGCUAUAAUAAACACAUCCCUCAAAGACAUUCUCAGUUUAGAUCGCCUUUGGAAAGGCAGGAUUUAUUCUGGAGAGGGGUUUUGCUGAGAAUCUGGGAAAUCUGUCUUACUGGUGACAUCCCACCAUGCUAUACACACAGCAACAGCUUCUAGCACUGUUGGGAUAUCUGCUAAUUUGGGACUUUGUGGGAGUUUUUGGAAGCUACCGCAGAAGUGCUUCCAGAUGCACUUCCAUUCCAAGGAACAUGGCUUUGUGUUAUGACAUUGGGUACACUGAGAUGAGACUCCCCAAUCUGCUGGACCAUGAGACCAUGACUGAAGCAAUCCAGCAGUCCAGCAGCUGGCUGCCCUUACUAGCCAGAGAGUGCCAUCCGGAUGCCAGGAUCUUCCUCUGCUCUCUCUUUGCCCCAAUUUGCCUGGACAGGGUCAUAUCUCCCUGCCGCAGCCUGUGUGAAGCAGUCAGGGGCAGCUGCGCCCCCGUUAUGGCUUGCUAUGGCUAUCCUUGGCCUGAAAUCCUGAACUGCAAUAAAUUUCCUGAAGACCACGAGCUGUGCAUCGCCUCUAUCACAAAUGAAAGCACCUCAAGCAGGAGAAAAAGCUAAAACUGUGUACAAUUUCCAACAGUGCCCCGAGCCAGCUGCAGGGACUGUGAACUAGAAGAACCCAGCUCCCCCAAGGAAAUCCUGGAAAACUUUUGCACCAGUGAUUUUGCUGUGAAGAUCAGGAUUUCUAGGAAGAACAAGACCUCUGCCAUUGCUGACUUCGACCUUGACUCAAAACUAGAAGUUCUGAAGCAUGGCCCUCUCCUCAAGACUGAAGCUCACCCAAAACUCCAGAAGUGGCUGGACCUAGAUGCUACCUGUGUACACAAUAUUAUGAGAGGCACAAACACAGGGGUAUAUGUAAUCAGUGGUGAUAUGCAGAGUGGCAAAAUUGUGGUGCACAAAGCCUAUGCCUGGCACAAGAAGAACCGAAAUUUACAGACUGCUGCACGGCGGUGGAAACAUUAUAAGUGCCGGGUCUGAACUGCUUUUAGCCUCUGGUGUAGAAUCCCAUCUGGGUGACAGAAAUGAUUUUCUGACAUUUAUCUAGAAGGAUUUGGGGUUUAAAAAAAUCCAAGAUCUUAGGCAUGUACACAACUGUAUAUAAUGUAUAAUUUUAUAGGGUUAAAAAACAAAUGCAGGCACCACAGCACUAAGAAAAUAGUUUUCAAAUUGUACUCUGAAGAAUCCUGAAAUUCCUUGGACACUUAUCUGAAGUUGCUCAAUGCAAGAACAAUAGAAAUAGAAAAGUUUCCUAACCAGUGCAAACAUUAAUAGUGUGGUGAAAUACUUUAUGUUCUCAUGAGCAACACUAAAAUUCCAAGAAUUCAAUCAAUGUGAUUCCAGCACACUCCUCAGAAAUCUCUAGUGUGCUAGUUUUAUCUGGCAGAUAUACAGAUGUGUAAAUAUACACAAUGUAUUUAGAAAAAAUUCCUGAAAAGUCAAAGUUUUGAAAACCAUUAAGAAAAAAAAACUGGAAAGCUUCAUUCAGGAAGAAAUGAGUUCUUGACAACUAUUCCUUGGUCUGCAAGCGAUAUAUGACUAUAGAAACAUGUAGAAAGUUAAUUCCACUGCAUAGAAACAUUAGCCAUCAUAAGCAGAAACCUUUAUACAGGCAUUCCCCAAGUUACAAACAUCUGACUUAGAAGCAACUCUUAGUUAAGAAUAGGAGUGAGACAAUAGGAAGUGAGAGAAAUCUACCCUUCAGAAGGGAAAUUCACUCCUGGAAGAGUUACCAUGGGGGAAAGGUUUCUCCACUGAAGCUUUCUCACCAAUCCUUGUUUCCAUAACAAGCCAAAUUAUUUUAUACUUUGACACAAACAUAUACAUUGUGUAAGGGAAACUCUUUUCGGAACUCAUAGAUUAUGAAUACUAUGUAUUUCAAAACCAACAAUAGCAGUGUGUGUUCCUUAAAAAUGCUUGUUGCAUUAAGACAAUGGUGAGCAACAAAGCAUACUCCUGGCAACAUUCAGAGAAGAAUGACAAAAAUGAUGAAAGGUCUGGAAGCCAAACUUAGGGAGCUGGGUAUGUUUAGCUUAGAGAAAAGAAAGGGAAAAGAGAAGACAUUUUAGCCAUGUUUAAAUAUUUGAAAGGAUGUCACGUUUAGGAGGGGGCAGGCUUGUUUUCUGCUGUUCUGGGGACUAGGACACAGAGCAAUGGAGUCAACCUGUAGGAAAAGAGAUUCCACCUAAACAUCAAGAACUUCCUGAUGGUCAGAACUGUUUAACAAUAGAAUAUGCUGCCUGAGAGGGAGGUGGAGUCUCAUUCUCUGGAAGUUUUUAAGCAGAGGUUGUAUGCCCAUCUGUUGGGAAUGUUUUGAUUGUGUGUUCCUGCCUCGCUAAUGAAGAUGGACCAGAUGGCCCUUGUGGUCUCUUCCAAUUCUAUGAUUCUAAUCCUCACUUUUCUCUAUCACUUCAAUCACACAGAGGUAGAUGUUCUGCUUCGCAGUCUUACUCUAUGUUGCAAGAAAACAGUCUAGCACUGUCCUGCACCACAGAAAACCUAUACAUUUCAGCAACAACCCUAGCGAUGCUACACUUGAGAGCUGUGUGGCUUCCACCUGUAUUGCAGAAGGUCCUGUGAAGCGCAGUGAAUGUGGAAGUUGUCCACACCGAUAGUAAAACAUUUUUGCAAGAAAGCUGUCUAGUUUCUUGCUGUUUUCCUCUUGAAUGAAAAUCUGCUAACUAGUUAUAGCAUAUGUAUUAUAAAUAUGUUGUUUUAAAAAAUUGUAUUCCACAUGGCUGUGUUUGCUAGGAAUGCACGAGUAUUGUUAACUAUAUGUAUGUUGAGCUAUCUGCUAUCUGUCUGUUGGUUUGCUGCUGCUUGGUUCUCUAUCAUCAAAUUUCAGGAAAAGCCACUGACAAAACCACUUUAACGACAGCAUAGUAUCAGAAAGAGGAACAAAACAUUUUUGGUAGGAUUGGUGAUUGGCACACAUGAUGGUUAAAAGUGGGAAAAUGGAGACCAAGAGACAGGAUGGGGAAAAGACAUUGUUUAACCUCCUCCAGAUCUUGGAGGACUGCACAUCUCUCUCCAGUAUCAACAACCCCAACACCCCAAUUUUUUGUAAACAACUAUACUGUAAAAUAAGCAAUUUUUCUUGUUUUAUGGAUAAUACUGAGAAGGGGCAGAUGAACUUAGGAAAGGUUACAGUCCAUUGUAGCUUAUGUGGCUAGAAUAGAGAAUACUAUAGAGGGGGAACUGGAAACAUCUUUCAUUAUAUUCGGGAGUCACUCAUUUGAUUCACAAAUAGAUGGUUGGGUGAGACAGAGCUUUUUGUAUCCUCUGCGGAUUUUAUUGCAGCAUCUGAUAGAUAGAAAAUGCCUAUGAGAAAACUGUCGCACACUCAUAUAUUUAAACAUCUAUUGUUUCGAAAGCAGACAGUUUAUUAUGCUGGAGGUAUGACAGACAUUCUGUCAGAUAAAGUCACUAGCAGAGGAAGUAUCAGGCUGUGUUGCUUAUUUAUGCUAAUUUAUAUAUGAACAAUCUAGUUUCUCACCUACAUUCGAUUGUCUUUCUUAUCUUGUUGGAAACAGAACGAUCCAACUGCUGUUGUGUGCCAAUUAUACUUUUUAAAAAAAGGUUGAAUGGCCAUCCGGCAGGAGUGCUUUGUAUGUUCCUGACAGAAUGGGGUUGGACUGGAUUUCCGUUAGGGUCUCUUCCAACUCUAUGCUUCUAGGGUUUUAUAUGGACCUGGUAUCUAUUACCUAGGUAGGACUAAGAAAACCUCAAAACAAACUACUACAGGUAGGUUUUGCAGUCAGGAAUAAGUACUUAAAUUGACACCUGAUUAAGCAAUACCUUGAUUUAAAAUUUCAAAGAAUAGAUUAUUCUUGUAAUGGUAGACGGAAAUUCCAUUCUGAGGCAGCAACAUUUUUCAGCAUGGAAAACAAGACAUCCGAAGUUUGAAAGAGUCAAGAUUCUUUGGUAAACCACAUUCUGAAAAGACGCAGAGGUUAGAACACUCCAUGGCGCCUGAGACGUCUUCCAACUCUGUUUCUGUGACUUUCUAAGGUUGCCACCUUUGCAAAUACUCAAAUUGGCAGUGGACUGAAAAGAGGACCAGCUGUUUUAAUGCACUGGCAAAGUUGCUCUGUAGUGAUAUACUAUCAGUGUAUACUUUUUUACAUUAUUUUAUUUUCUGCCAAGAACAUUAUUCUUCAGUCUCACAUGGUAAGAGUUUUGAUUGACACUGAUUUCUUUUAGGAGUCAACAAUUCGGUUUGCCAUUGUCACCAUAGCAACAAUAAUUUUCAUCCAAGGAAGCUGCCUCCAGCGAGAACCAAGUGCAGUAUUUUGCUCUUUAAAGAUAUAGAAAGAAGAAAUUGAUGAUGUUUUCCCUACUGAACUUAUAAACUCAGUUGCUAAGCUAGCCGAAGCUGUUGAGUCUCCAAUUUCAAACAUAACAUAUAAUUUGUAGACAGAAUAAAUAAAGUGGUGAAAAGCAAAGGCUUACAAAUAUUCAGAAGAAGGCAGGACAAAUGCCUUAUCUGGAACCUCCCUAACUGAUUUGGAGUUGACAGAGCCAUUUUAAAUGCCUGCUCCUGCCUGUUCUUUCCUGCUAUUUUUCUUGGUUACAGUAGACUGGAGAAGAUUUAAAAAUAUAAACAAAAACAAAAAUAUGUAUGAUACCUGGAAAAUGAAUGAAUGUAUUGUGACACCUAUGACAAGAACUCUACUCCAUGGAAGGUUAUGCCAUUUAAAUUUUAUUCGCUUGUGAGGUGCUUCAGUAUUUUUUCUAUCACCAAGUAAAAAAGCAACCAUUCUGGUAAUAAUCUAAUAUCAAGCUAAGUUGCUACAAAGAAGGAAAGAGAUCUAGAGUUGAUUGUUUAGAAAAAAUAUUGUUUACUAGUCUUUAGUCUUAGUCUUGAAGACAGAUUUCUGCUCUGCUGAGCUCAGGUCUAAAUUAAGUUAUCUGUAGUAAAGCAUGAAUGCAAAGAAUGUGUAAACUGGGGGAAGGGGGAUAAUUGCUGGUGAGGUAUUAGGAAAAAAUAGGACUUUUUUAUUCCAGUGCAAGAUUAUGUUCUUAGCUGUGUGUAAUUCAGUUUAAUUUCUUGAAGAAGAAAAAGAAAGACGAAAUAGAGAGGGAAGACAAACCUUUGCCAUUUAUCUUGUAAGUCCUGCUCUUGAAUUCUAAUGUGUGUAUUAAGAGAAAGAGACUGACUCUGAACGGCAUACGAUACUCUAUCUGUGCUAAGACUCAUGUUUACCAUAUUCACACUGGUUAACAGCAACUACUAAUAUUUGGUUUAAAAUAUUUUAACUUUUAUUAUGUAUGCUUUAUCUGCUGUAAGCUGCCCUGGGUCCUUAAGUGGGGGAAGGUGGGGUAUAAAUUUCAUAAAUAAAUAAACAAACAAACAAAUUA